GCUUGGAACUUCGCUUUGAACCACAACGCGGUUGCCCUCCGGCAAGACAGCUAGAGGAAUCAAGAAUCAACAGUAACAACACUCAACUGCUAUCGCGACCACCUGUGACUUUGACUAGUCAUGGCGACUCCGUUGCAGUUUGCCUACCGAACCCAGAAGGCCAUCGGCGUCUUUGACGCCGCGCCUGUCUACGAGGCCCUCCCUGGAUUCGUCAAGCCCGAAGGGAACCUCCGGUGUUGUGCCUAUUCGCCGUGUGGCCGGUACUUCGCGUAUGCUUCUAAUGAAGGCGUCGUCGUUGUCGAUGCCUCGGUUGGCCAUGUACUGACGGCACUUCCCAUCGCGGCCGUCUACGAGCUUGGUUUCUCCCCCCGAGGCACGUACCUGAUCACCUUUGAGCGUCCUUCCAAGGAUGACAAUGGCGAUGCGACCAAGAACCUCAAGAUCUGGCGCACCAUCGAGGACGUUGCCGAGGGUGUUGAGAAGCAGCCAAUCGGCCAGUUCGUUCAGAAGUCGUGGACAGGCUGGAACCUGCAGUACACGGCGGACGAAAAGUAUUGCGCGCGCAACGUGACGAACGAGGUGCAGUUCUACAAUAGCAACGACCUCUCGACCGUCUGGAACAAGUUGCGCGUCGAAGGCGUGGUUGAUUUCGCAAUUGCACCCGGCCUGAACCAAAACGUUGCAGUUUUCGUCCCCGAGCGCAAGGGCCAACCUGCUGCUGUCAAGGUCUACAACAUCCCUUCGUUCAACAGCCCAAUCUCGCAAAAGACCUUCUUCAAAGGGGACAAGGUGCAACUGAAAUGGAACGCACUGGGGACGACGUUGAUCGUGUUGGCGCAGACCGACGUAGAUAAGUCGAACAAGAGCUAUUAUGGCGAGACGACCAUGUAUCUUCUGAGCGCCAACGGAUCGUUCGACGCCAGGAUUACACUGGACAAGGAGGGGCCCAUCCAUGACGUCUCCUGGUCUCCCAACUCGACCGAGUUCGGUGUCAUUUACGGUUACAUGCCCGCAAAGACGACUAUCUUCAAUCACCGCGGUGUAGCUAUCCACUCGUUCCCGAUCGGACCUCGCAACACCAUCAUCUUCUCGCCAACUGGCCGGUUCGUUUUGGUCGCUGGCUUCGGCAAUCUGGCUGGUCAGAUUGACGUCUACGAUUUGGAGAAGGACUACCGGAAGGUGUGUACCAUUGAGAGCGGGAGCCCCAGUGUCUGCACCUGGAGUCCAGACAGCCGGUACAUUAUGACGGCGACUACGUCGCCGCGCUUGCGUGUGGAUAACGGCAUCAAGCUCUGGCAUGUGGGAGGCGGUCUCAUGUACAACGAAGAUAUGAUCGAGUUGUACAAUGUCAUGUGGCGUCCCGCACCUGCGGGCAACCUCUCGGCUUCCGGGGAUCCGCUGCACCCGGUACCGGCCCCGCACGCUUCGGCCCUUACGUAUCUUAGCACGGCCAAGACGCCGUCCAAGCCGGUCGGUGCUUACCGCCCGCCCGGCGCCCGCGGCGCGGUGACCCCGCUGCACUUCAAGCGCGAGGACGAGGGCGGCGCGGCGCAUACCGUCAGCAAUGGCACGCCCUCGAUCGGACCUAAUGGAUUUGGUCGUCCACGUCACAUGGUUCCUGGCGCGGAGCCAGUCGAACGUUCCUCGGUUCCUGGGGCGACGCCGGCUGACGACGGCAAUGCGUCCAAGUCGAAGAACAAGAAGAAGCGGAGCAAGAAGGCAAAGGAGGGUGGUGAUGCAGGCGCCGCUGCGACCGCUCCCACCGAAGGAGGCCUCGCGCCGUCUCCCCGCGAGCACGGAAGCGCCUCGGGCAAUGAAGGCCGUAGCCCUGACCGGCGCGGCCAGCAGGGCCAGCACCACGCCCACCAUGCUCGUAGCCGGUCCCGGAACAACCACCACCUACAUCCUACUCAGCGCAACCACGGCAAUGCGCACCGCGCGCGCUCGCACAGCCGUCCUGCCCACGCGGCACAGGGCGGCGGUAAUGGGGGCGCGCCUGCUGGCGAUGCCGGCGCUGCGCCGGCGGCCAACCCCAACGCCAAGAAGAUCCGUGCGCUGCAGAAAAAGAUCCGGGCGAUUGAGGAUCUCGAGAUGCGACACGCGGGCGGAGAGAGGCUGGAGGAUACGCAGCUUAAGAAGAUCGCCACGAAGCCGGACGUGCUCAAGGAGCUGGAGAAGCUGGAGAAGGAACAGGCUUAGAAUCGCACGUUCCUCGUGAGAGUCGGCGAUCCUGGUGGUAUGGAAAGAGGAAGGAAGAUACAAGGUGUGAAAGUCUUGUCAUCUUCCUGCUUUUAUUUCCCAGUGGGAUGAUAAGCCGCGAUUCUGCCUGGCGCUUUUUACCCUCUGCUGAGCAUGGUUUCAGAUAUCUACUUCGUUACCUACUUCACCUAGGACUCAGGUAGAUACAGGACAAGAGGCGCGCGGGCUUGGACUGGGGCAUAAAACCGAGCUUUCUCGGGAGAGUGGGGGAGAAGGAUCCGUCCUGAUGAGGGAGAUGGCGGAACGAAGUGCGGUGAGUAUCCAUGG